ACCGUCAAUUGCUCACUGCACUGUAGCCAUCGGAGGCGGGGGUUUGCUCACUUCAAUGGAGUUGGGUACGAGGCGCCGCCGGCGUUCCUCCGAGCCAGGCCCUGCCGGCGGACCGGACUACCUCAGCGCCCUCCCCGAGGAUCUUCUCCUCCUUGUCCUCGCCCGCCUCGGCUGCGCCGCCGCCGCCGCGCGCACCGGCCUCGUCUCCCGCCGAUGGCGCGGCCUGUGGGCCCGCCUCCGCGAUCUCGCCUUCCGGGGCGUCGCCUUCCCGUCGCUCCAGGUGGCGCUCGGCCGCGUCGCCCUCCCCCCUCCGGCGGUCUCCCUCCUCCAGAUCCGCGUCUCCGAUGAACACCUGCUCAUCUCCGACGACGAUGACGUCACAUCGGUGCUGCGCGCUGCCGCACUGCUCGCGCCGGAGAAGCUCGUCUUCGCCCUUCCGUGGGACCCAGAUCCGACUUCCACAGAGGUGGACCUGCCGUGCUUCCACCGCGCCACCUCGAUCGUGCUGGAGUGGAUCCCCUUCGUCCUCCGCACACCGGCUGCCGGGGCCGAGUUCCCCGCGCUCCAGACGCUGACCCUCACGGGCUGCCAAGUGGACGACCUCGGCGCCUUGCUCUCCCUCUGCCCACACCUACGCGUGCUCAGGCUCAAGGGCCUCAUUUGGCUCGGCGACUACGACUGGACAGUCCACUCAACGUCACUGCAGGAGCUUGUCAUGGACAGCGAGAAUUUGAGGGCACGGCCGGUCGACAUCGUUGCCCCCAUGCUCAAGCAACUGACGCUGUUCUUGCACGCCUACAAUCAAGUGACCGUCUCCAUCUUGGCACCAAUGCUGGAGAAUGUCUCGUGGCAAUGCCUCUACGGCACGGGAAUUAUUGGGUUUGGUCUUUGGACCCUGGAGAAGCUGAGCCUACAUACCGCAGAGAAACAGGAACAGGCCUCUUUUCUGCAGAUUCAUGCCUGCAAGAGCUGGUUUACCUUUUCCGAUGAAGAGGCCAACUUUGCACAGGAGAUAGAGAAGCAUAUGAUUGUCGACUUCUCUGCUUUGGAGCUACAUUUGUCAGCAAUGGGCCAUGUUUUUGGAGCAUUUGUGUCGCAUCUUCUUGGGCUGAAUCGGAUUCGUAACGCUAUACGGAGGCUUAAGGUCAACCUUCUGAGAUUAGAGGAAGAAGAAAUAUGCCCUGCAAAUUGUCCUUGUGAGUCUACGAACUGGAGGACCCAAAUUAUCUCCUUGACUGCUCUUGAAGAAGUAGAAAUAGAUGGCUUCAGAGGAGAUGCACAUGAGCUUCAUUUCUUGAAACUAAUAUUCAGCUGUGCACCAAUGCUUAAAAGAAUGAUUGUGAGGCUGUCAGAUGAGGUCUUGACAAGUAAUGAUAGAUGCACGGAAAUAUAUGACAUCUUCAGGGGGUAUUCUUCUGUGAAAUGCAAUGUUUAUCUCAGCUCUGGGUUAGUGCAUCGCAGCCAAGGUUGCCGGUUGACAUGAUUCUCAUCCUUGCAUGGACAAGAUCAUCCUUCCCCAUGCCGGACAUCUCUAUACAUUAGUUGGUUUCAGGAUUUUGCUUGGUUUCUUCAGCCCGUAAAAAGAGGGCUUGUUUUGGCAGUGUACUGCUGCUGUAGGCUCAGAUUGUUGCACUCUUAGGUAGGAGUAUUUUUUGGUCCUAGAUAUUCUGCUCAACCGAUAUAUGUCAGAUUCGUGGUCCAAGCGAUUCUGUUAACCCUAUGAUUUCUAUUGCAUUUCACUGUCUCGUUUCA